GCUGCGGUACGUAGGACGUAAAUAAGUUGAUCAAGCUUUUACUCGCAAGCUUGUUGUCUUCCUGUAGCUGUAAUCACCCGUCACCCGUCACCUGGUGACAGUACACCAUCUACGGUCCAGCCCGCGGAGAUAGAACGGAUUUGACGGGGCUAUGCCAUCUGAGUUUGUACUGUUACUACAGAGAAAAGCUCGUGGGGACAACAAACCAGGGUGUUUAUCCGGCGAGCUAACUGUGCGUUAGCAUCGCUGAACUCCACUUCGUGCGCUCUCCAUGCUCACUCUCUCUACCAUCUCCUCUCCGGGUGCUGUCCUCGGCCUGUAGCUUCUUCUCUCGUCGGGUCCAGUGCUCGGUCUCUCGCCAGGAGAGGAUGAACUGGCUCUUCCCCUCGUCCAAAGGCUCCGGACCUCUCCCUCCUCUCAACAGCCUACAGCAACAAAGACAGCGGCAGGUCGAGUCGCUCAAAGCCGCCCACCCCAGCGUUGCAGAGAUCCAGAAGGAUGUGGAGUACAGAAUACCAUUCACCGUCAACAACUCCACCAUUAAUGUCAACAUUCUGCUACCGCCACAGUUCCCUCAGGAGAAGCCAGUGGUCAGUGUCUAUCCCCCUGUCGGACAUCAUUUAGUUGACAGCAAUAAUGGCACCAUGAUCAAUAGUUCACUCAUCACCAAUUUUGGGAUGCACUCAGAUCUGGGUAAGGUCAUUCAGAGUCUGUUGGACGAGUUCUGGAAAAGUCCUCCUGCUUUGAUGUCCACUGGUGCUGCUGGCUUUCCAUACAAUUUGUACAAGCCAUCAAUUCAGCCUUACCCCACUCAGGCUUUCCACUAUGGUCAUAGACACGUGGGUCCCAGUCAGACGCCAUCUCCUGGAGCAGCUCCCAUGCCUCACCCAGGGGUCGACAGCGCUCACAUGCUGCCUCGUGCUCCAGCUCCAUACGGACUGAUUUCUGAUCUGCCACUGCCCGUACCUACAGGAGACCUACAGGCUGGACUGAACGAACAUAAUUACAGGAUGCCGGAAAUUCCAGAGACUUUCUCUGAACUCAGUGACAUGAAUCUGACUUCGCUGUCAGACCUGUCUGAAAAUGAAGACUUGCUCCUGGAGUUCUUUGUGAGUUUGCCACAGCUCAAGCAGAUCACAGGCGACAAAGAAGAGCUGGUCAACAGCAUAGUGGGCAUGGCUAAGAAAAACCUUCAGAUGGAGCCACAAUUGGAAGGGAAACGCCAAGAAAUGCUUUACAAGUAUGAACAGCUAACUCAGAUGAAGUCGGACUUUGAGACGAAGACGCAGAGACAGCAUGAACUCAGUGAUAGUUGCAGUCUUAGUACUUUACAGGCUCGGUUAAAAGUUGCGGCCCACCAGGCUGAGGAGGAGUCAGAGGAGACGGCUGAAAACUUCCUGGAGGGACGUUCAGAAAUAGACGAAUUCCUGGCCGGCUUCAUGGAGAAGAGAACGCUUUGCCACAGCAGAAGGGCCAAAGAGGAGAAGUUGCAACAGUCCAUCAGCACACAUGGACAGUUUCCUACCAGCCACUAGAGCACAAGGUUUUGGUGUUUUCUCAGCCUACUGCUGCCAACUAAAAGGAUAAAGACACUAGGGAGGAGGAAGCACACUGAGUCAAAUGGGGCACUUUGAAGAUAUAGAAAGUUGCUGAUGACAAUGGUGGGCUAAAAAAAAGAAGCCGCCUGUUGAGUUCGUUACGGUAAUGUUUGACCGUGUGAGAGCAAGGAUGGAAGAGCUGGGAAGUCACGACAGGGAGGCAGAGACUGGAAGAGUGGUGGACACAUGCCUAGCGGUUCCACCACAUUACUAAGGAUUGAUCACAUUGUGGAUAAUUUGUUAUGUCUCUGACUUUUCUGUCCAGGAUCUGUGUCAUUUUUGGUGCAACGGAUCAGGGUCGUUGAUGAUAUGAACACUUUUGACAGGAUGGCAGUAUACAAUUCUUAGGACAGUAUUCCCAGUCUUACAUCUUUUCAUGCAAUGACUAAGUACAUGUCAUUUAUAGAUGAACUGUGAUAACAGUGAUGUCGGGUUUUUCAGUCCCUGAGAUCUUGUCAGGUCCUUGCAAGGACGGGGCAGGGUUUUUAACUUGGGGUGUGGAAAUGUAAACUGCAGUUUCCCCUUGAGCAAUUUCGGGAAAACCUCUUUAACAUCAGUGUGUUUGCACAUCAAGAAUAAUUUGAUUUGACCCGUGUUCAUUUAUCUAUUGAAUGUUUUUAGAAAUUUGUUUCUAGUUCGACAUAAACAAAAUAACAGAACAAUCAUGUGUAUUCUUCAGUUACUGUCAAAGCUUGUGGUUUUUAUAUAUAUAGUCUGUGUUACAACAACACAUUGAUCAGUUUUACUAUAUAUAAAGUUGAUUACAAUCAGCUUAAGGGGGGAGUCAGAGUACUGUAAAAUAUAUAAACGGUUUGAUAACACUAUCUAAAUUCCACAUGUUUUACAAUAAUCAAAUCAUUUUUGUAUUUGUAUAACACACUGAUGGUUUUUCACUGAUUAGCAUCAUUAUGACCCAACCUUUUUUUUUAUUAUCACGUCAUUUGAGUUUGAAGUGUUUGAAGAGCCUCAGAAGAUUUAGGACAUAGGUGCGGAAUAUUAGGUGAAAUGCUGCCAUAAAAGUUGAUGACAUUGGAUACUGUAUUUAAAUAGUGUUAAUAAUAGGCUAUAUUGUAAUCAAAGACUCAGACACCUUGUAUUAUAUGUUCCUAUUUAAUUUGUUAAAGUAAUAAAGAAUUUAGAAUAAA